CUCUCUCUCUCUCUCUCUUGUUUUCUCCAUUUCUUUUGCACUUAUUCCGCUUUGAAAGAUCUUUGAACUCUUAUCUGCUUUUGCUCACUUCGUAUCUUGUAAGUUCUUCCAUAGACUUUUGUGAUUGUUAUUUGCAUUUAAAUUUGUACUUUUGAAUGAAUGGCAAAAAUCCAUUAGUUGGGGAAGUCGAGGAAGCUUAGAGAUGGAUGAAGGUGCGGGAGGGUUUGGGGAGGGUAUGGAUCGUAUAGACCAGUUCCAUAGAAAUGAGGCAAUUUCUGCUGUUGCUGAUGAGGGUUUCUUAGGCGAAGAUGAAGAUGAAUACGAGGACCUGUACAACGAUGUUAAUGUUGGGGAGGGGUUUCUUCAAUCUUUGAGGAAAAACGAUGAUUUAGGAUAUAAGAAGGAGGAGGAGCUGAAGAUCGAGUCUGGUUCAGCUACAGCACCCAACUUGGGUGCUUCGGUGCCUGGUGUUGUCGGUGCUGCUUCGGCUGAAGUUGCUGGUGGUCCGAGGGCUUUGGACCGAGUACCGCCGAGUUAUAAUCAGGUUCCAGAUGUAAGAACGAAUGAGAUGGCUACUAGAGCAGCGCCGCCGGUGGGCGGUGGAGGUGGAAUUAGGGUUGAAUUAGGGCAAGGGAGUAAAUUCAAUGAAGUAGAGGAGAGUAGUAAUAACGUAGUUGGGCAUCCAGGUCCUCAACAGCAUCAGCACCAGCCUCCUCAUGGAGGAGUUUUAGCAAAUGCAGGGAGUGUAGAAAAUGAUGGUUUGCUUAGGCAAGGUGGUGGAGUGAAUGUGAAUGGGUUCGGUAACGUUGGGAACGGAGGGGGAGGCGGCGGGGGGACGAUUUUGUUUGUUGGUGAUUUACAUUGGUGGACUACAGAUGAGGAGCUGGAGGUGGAACUCUGCAAGUAUGGUCCGGUGAAAGAGGUCAAAUUCUUCGACGAAAAAGCUAGUGGGAAAUCGAAAGGGUAUUGUCAAGUUGAAUUUUAUGAUCCAUCUGCUGCUACAGCCUGCAAGGAAGGAAUGAAUGGGCAUAUUUUUAAUGGACGGCCAUGCGUUGUUGCCUAUGCAUCACCAUUUAGUGUUAAGAGGAUGGGAGAAGCCCAAGUAAAUAGGAACCAACCGAUGACGCAAUCUACUAACGCUCAAGCAAGGAGAGGUGCCAAUGAUGCUGCAGGUAAAAUGGUUGGAAGUAACAUAGCAACGGGCGGUAAUUACCAAGGUGGUGGUGAUAGCAAUAGAGGUUCUGGGAGAGGUAGUUGGGGGAGAGGUAAUGUUCAUGGAAUGGGAGGUAGAGGACCAGCUGGGGCAAUGAGGAACAGGGGAGGUGGGAUGGGGGGCAGAGGUAUAAUGGGGAAUGGUGGAAAUGGAUUUGGCCAAGGAAUUGGUGCCGCCCCUCCUUUGUUGCAUCCGCAGUCGAUGAUGGGUCAAGGUUUCGAUCCAGCUUUUGGUGCACCCAUGGGAAGAAUGGGCACAUAUGGUGGUUUUCCUGGUGCUCCCACGCCCCCUUUCUCUGGAAUUUUAUCUUCAUUUCCACCUGUUGGGGGUGUUGGCCUUCCUGGAGUAGCUCCUCAUGUGAACCCAGCAUUUUUCGGCAGAGGUAUGCAUAUGGGUGGAAUGGGGAUGAUGCCAAGUUCGGGUGUCGAUGGGGGGCCUAAUAUGGGGAUGUGGUCUGAUCCUAGUAUGGGUGGAUGGGGCAUGGAAGAACAUGGUGGAGGGAGAGCUGGAGAGUCUAGUUAUGGAGAAGAAGCUGGGUCUGACCAACAAUAUGGUGAAGGCAGUCACGACAAAGGCGGGUGGGCAAGUUCUGCUAAGGAGAAAGAUAAAGGCUCCGAAAGGGAUUGGUCACAAUCUUCUGAUAGAAGGUAUCGAGAGGAUAGAGAUGUUGGAUAUGAUAGAGAGAGGUCCAAAGAAAAAGAUCCAGCUCCUGACCAUGAUUGGCCAGAUAGAAGGCCACGUGAUGAUAGAGAUAUAGGUCGAGAGAGAGAGAAGGAUCGUGAUCGCAAUAGGGAACGUUCUCGAGAUUAUGAGCGUGGCCAUGAUCGCGACCGUGAUAGAGAUCGUGAUCGUGACCGUGAUCGAGAUAGGCACAAGGAAGAUCGGGACAGAUAUAUGGAUCAUCAUAGGUAUAGGGACCGUGCACCCGAGCAUGAAGAUGAGUGGGAAAGGGGGCGGUCAUCAAGGACUCAUAGCAAGUCUCGACUGCCACAAGAAGAACAAAGUCGUUCUAGAUCUAGGGAUGCUGAUUAUGGGAAAAGGCGGCGGCUAACUUCUGAGUAGUUAAAUCAUUACAAAUGCAUACUUAAAACUAUUUAGACUUUGGCUUUCCAUGUUCGUUUGGAUUCUCUCUUCGAUGUUUUCGGCUCGUUGAUUCGCUAAUUGCCCAUUUCCUUUGCCAUCGCUUAUCUGACUCCGAAUUCCUCUGGUUACUUCUUACAACAGGAGCAUGUCAAGAUUUUCUAGAGAAGACAAAAAAAACAUUGGCUUCGGAGAUGGCAGCGAGAUCCCUUUAACUUCGUGCAGAGAACCAACCCCCAGGCAUGGCAGCAGCUAUUUGCUCUACUAAUUUGAUAGUGAAACUCUUGGUUUAAACUCUCUCACGUUUCUUUUGGAUUAUGUUUCUUGAGACUUGGCACUUGAUGAUGAAACUGAUGUUCUUAGAUGUAAUGGCUAAACUAUUGCUGAAGUCCCUACUGUCUUGAUGUUGUUUUUGACAUGUAAUGGCUUACUAUGUUGUUGUUAGAGUAAGUAUCUUAGACCACACGAUAUCGUGUUCGUAAAUUAUUCUGUUUUUUGAGCUGUGUUGUAUCAUAUGUUUGCCCCUCUUCUUAUGUUAUCACGCCUCGGCCUGUUCGAUUA